UCGCGAAAGUCCAGUCCAUUGCGAAAUUUGCGAUGCGGGUAUAGGCUGAUUGCUGAGAAGCAUUCGCAACCUACGGAUUUCGCGGUUGAGGGAGAGGAGGUAGCAAGACGGUGAAAAGGGAAACGAAGGCUUAGCAGCAGCGAGAAAUGAGGAAGUUCGAUCCAUGGCCUGUUUUCUUUAAGCGAGAGUGGAAUCGGAAUUGGCCCUUCCUGGUUGGCUUCGCCAUCACCGGAACCCUAAUCGUCAAGUUCACCGCUGGUCUUACAGAGGAAGAUGCUAAGAAGUCUAAGUUCGUUCAAGAGCACAGGAGGUAA